UUCAGUUUUGAGAAAGUUUCCGUUCGGUCAAGAGGUGUCCGCUUGAUCGGCGCAAGUUCGCGUAUUGUUUUAUUGAAAAAAAUAAAUAAAUAAUUAAGUGUUAUUGUCUUAAUGACUACAUGGUGGCAUAUUAGAGUGCAAGGUUGCUCAUUAAUGUAACAUUUCCGUACUCAAAUGUGUGAAGUGCUAUAGUUUCAAUACAAGUUUUAAGUGUUUGCCAAGGAUGGCAAUGUAUUUUGAAGAUCGUUUGAAACAGAUUGGAUUACUUACAUCCUGAGUUUCGUUAUUAGUGGGGUCAGCUUGAGUGUGUGCUAAGCGAAAAUUAUCUAAGCAAACACGAGAACAACAUAGGAAGAAAUAUAGGUGAUCGUAGAAGGUAGCUAUAAAUCAUAGGCUUCAUGGAAGAGAAAUGAAAAUAAAUAAGGAAUUGUGUGGCUCUCGUGCAAGCAAUGAAGAAUAAAUGAUCGUAGAAUGGGAAGAAGAGGAAGGCUCAACAGCCUUUAACAAAACAUCGUACACACCUAUACAUAAGUGGAAGUGCCGAAGAGUUGAAGAAACCCGAAGAAAUCGUGAUGAAGAAACCGAGCCAGCAAUGAAGGAAAAAUCUGAGAGUCAAGAAGGUGUGGAAGUGGAAUGAAUAAACAUACCUUUAGGCAGAGCCCAAAAGCCCAUAGCUGCCGAGGAGCAGAGCCUGUCGAAGAGAGAAUCGGCUAACCGAUAAUUACAACCAGUGUAAAGUGUCUGCAAGAUAAAGCCAGAAAAACAGCUCUGCCAAACAAAACAAAAUACGAAAAGAGACGAUAAAAAAGUUGAUUAAAAUUUAUACUCUCCUUUAUGUAUGCUGUUUAAUUGGUCACUUGAGAAGAGAGCGCCGAGUUCAAAAUUAGCAACUACCACUUCGUCACGUUUUGUCUCGUUAUAUUCUUGUUGUGGGUUACUUUUGCACUGUCCACCUUAACUACGCACAUUUGGCAGGCGACUCUCCCGUGGCCCCACUUGCAGGCUACAAUUAAGAUCGUUCAUAAAUUAGAUCGCCGCUCCAAAAAUGGCCACCCUGGGCCUUUCGAAGGUGUUUAUACUGGACAAGUAUUUUACCGAGCUGCAGAAGUUUUGGGAGACCGAGAAGAAGUUGCAAGAUGCAUCUUCAUCAAACGAGGCCGUUCACCUGCAACAGAGACUGAAGAGCCUUAGCUCUGAACUGGUUACUUUAAGAAAUCGGCUUCACACUGGAGCAGGUCAGACUACUCCGGUCACGGCAGCGGCCGGAGCCAAUGGAACCGUAACCGUUGGAAGUGCCGUCAUCACAUCAGCCACAACGCCAAAUACCAAUAACCCACAAACGCUCGGUGGUCACGGAACGACGACGACGACGACAUCCUCCAAUGGCACUUCAGGAACCGGUGCAGGCCUCCAAGCGACGACAGUGGGUGCAAAUGGGAUCAGCAUUCUGUCACACCUGAACAGCAACUCCAAUGUCAAUGGGAACAGCUGCACCAACAACACCACAAAUGGCAAGGGUCCCAUGCUGGUGACGCCAUCGCAGUGUAUACCCCAAAACAGCAACACAUUGAACCACUCGGGCAAUGUUAUACCAAUAGUUUCACCAAGGAAUACCUCGAUACCAUACCCGCUGCCACAUCACAACAGCACCGGGGCGAUACUUCUGGGAGAUACAGCGCAGUGCGGAGUUGGAGGUGCCGGUGGCAAUGGCUUCGGCGGGAAUGCCGGUAUAACAGGUGGCGGAACUCUUCCGCGCAGGACGACAGUCGGCUACACCGGGAAGCACCAGAGUCUCCUGGGGAGUUCGGGUGCUGGACUCGGAGGUGGUGCCCAUCUCAUCUCUCCGGGUGGCAACUCGGGCGGUCCCGGAGGCGGCACAAUAAUCGGAGGAACCCUAACGCAUCACUUGCACGGAGGAGGUCGAUCAAACAUUGGGGGCAAUGAUGGUGGCGGUGGUGGAACCGCUGCUGGCAAUGUGUCUGGCUCCAAAACGGUGAAACUGGACGACCUGAUACACCUGCCGGGACCGCUAACCGAAGACGCGGUCAUGCGAACACUCCAAACCAGAUUCAACGAGGGGAAGUUUUUCACUAAUGUUGGACCAAUCCUCCUCUCCGUCAACCCGUAUCAUGACGUUGGUAAUCCGCUAACGCUCUCAUCAACCCGUUCUGUCCCGUUAGCACCUCAACUGCGAAAAAUAGUACAAGAAGCCGUUCGGCAGCAAGCGGAAACAGGCUACCCUCAAGCAAUCAUUCUAUCAGGUACAUCCGGUUCCGGCAAAACGCACUGCUCGAUGUUGCUCCUCCGGCAGCUUUUCGCAGUAGCCGGAGGGGGUCCCGAAACUGACGCAUUCAAACAUCUAGCCGCCGCUUUCACCGUGCUCCGAUCGCUUGGGUCGGCAAAAACCUCUACCAACUCGGAAUCCAGUCGAAUUGGUCAAUUCAUCGAAGUACAAGUAACGGACGGAGCACUCUACCGAACGAAGAUUCACUGCUACUUCCUGGAUCAAACCCGUGUCAUAAGGCCAUUACCGAACGAGAAAAAUUACCACAUCUUCUACCAAAUGUUAGCUGGACUGAACGCAGAAGAGUGUGCUCGACUGAAUCUCGAAGGUUACUCACCGGCCAAUCUGAGGUACCUGCAGAACGGCGACAUACGACAAGACGAACAUGAAGAUGCAGCGCGGUUUCAAGCGUGGAAAGCGUGUUUGGGCAUUCUCGGUAUACCCUUUCUGGAUGUUGUACGGGUGCUGGCAGCAGUCCUUCUGCUGGGAAACGUGCUGUUUGUGGAUGGUCAGGGUCUCGAGGUGGAAGUAAGUGGUGAAACGGAAUUAAAUGCGGUAGCCAACUUGCUGGGCGUCCCUCCUGCUCAGCUGUUCCGUGGACUCACCAUCCGAACGCACAAUGCACGCGGUCAGCUGAUAAAGUCGGUCUGUGACGCCAACAUGUCCAAUAUGACGAGAGACUCUCUCGCCAAGGCGCUCUAUUGCCGAACGGUGGCCACUAUCGUGCGGAGAGCCAACAGUUUGAAACGCUUGGGCUCAACGUUGGGAACGCUAAGCUCCGACAGUAAUGAAUCCGUACACAACCAGGCAGAAGUGGCCAGUCAACAUGCAUCCACAAUCGGCGGGAACGCCGGUUCGAAGUCGAUGGCUGCUCUCAAUAAUGCGGUGCGGCAUGCAACCGAUGGAUUUAUAGGCAUUCUGGACAUGUUUGGCUUCGAGGAACCCCGUCCCGCUCAGCUGGAACAUCUCUGUAUCAAUCUAUGCGCCGAAACAAUGCAACACUUCUACAAUACUCACAUCUUCAAAAGCUCGGUCGAAUCGUGCCGAGAGGAAGGGAUUAUUUGCGAUACCGAGGUAGACUAUGUGGACAACGUUCCGUGCAUCGAUUUGAUAUCGUCGCUCCGUACCGGCUUGUUGAGCAUGCUGGACGCUGAGUGUUCCGUUCGCGGUACAGCAGAGAGCUAUGUGGCCAAAAUUAAAGUACAGCACAGGAACUCCGCUCGGUUGGAACAACGCGCAUCGGAACCGUACGAUCCGAGAAUGUUCGCCAUCAGGCACUUUGCCGGACGCGUUGAAUAUGAUACGACAAACUUUUUGGACACGAACCGUGAUGUCGUGCCGGAUGAUUUAGUGUCGGUGUUCUACAAACACACUUGCAACUUUGGAUUUGCGACCCACCUGUUUGGAACGGAGCUGAAGGCGCUCUAUGCUCAGGAAAACGUACCACGUGGUUUGAGUUUUCGAAUUGCGCCAACAUCGCACACCGACUUGUUGAAUGGAGAUGAGCCGGUUUCCACUCUGACGCAGGACUUCCAUACGAGGUUGGAUAAUUUACUGCGGACAUUGGUGCAUGCGCGACCGCAUUUUGUACGGUGCAUUCGUAGCAACACAGCAGAGAAGGCAGGUGUAUUUGACCGUGGCACCGUGGUUCGACAAAUCCGCGCCCUUCAGGUGUUGGAAACCGUGAAUUUAAUGGCCAGUGGAUUUCCACAUCGCAUGCGUUUCAAACAGUUUACCGCUCGUUAUCGAAUGUUGGCACCGUUCCGACUGCUUAGGCGCUGCGAGGAGAAAGCUCUAGAAGACUGCAAAUUGAUUUUGGACUUUGCGCUUGAGAAUCCACCGGAGUUGGAUGGGUCCGUGACUCUAUCGUGGGCCCCGGGUAAAAGACACGUCUUCCUCAGUGAAGGCAUCCGACAACAUCUGGAGAAUUUGAGGACUGAAGUUCGCAUGAAGAGCGCGACUCUGAUACAGGCGACGUGGCGUGGAUGGAAUUUGAGAAAACGAUUGGGUACUAUCCGGAGAUCUCAUGAGAUCAAACUGGUUGGAAAUGGACUGCUAACGUUGAAUAAGAGUACAGGUGAGAUUAGAAAUAUGCAAAAAUAUGCGAUGACAUUCACACGCAAUCUUUGUCUUUCAGCCGCGAGACCUGGUAACACUGGACCAACAACUAAAGCUAACAAUACAGGAACGGCAACGCGACCAAGGCCACAACCUAUUGCAGGUACACCACCACCUGAUCCUAACGAGAAAUGCGACUCCAAGAUCAUUGCUCAGACUUGUACACUGUUCGGACUAGAUCUGGAACGUCCACCUCCAGUACCGCCAUCGCGCUCAUACACCGUGACAGGAAACUCCAAACUUGGUUACCCGCAAACGCGAAUCAUGAAAAUGAACUUUCCGGAAGAUUCGGUGGCUGCCUCUGUUGGGGAGCAGCUGCGCAAAGGAGAAGCCGUUACGGUUACCGGAGCAUCGCAUCGACGAGGGCAUCUGAUCGUCGAACAUAAUGGCAUUAGUUUGCAUGUUCCUUUCCAGUAUAUGGAGCUGGUAAAGACUACUUCAUCGCCACCACCACCCUCUGGUGCCUCUGUUAAUAUCUAACUCUGUAUCAUCGAGCAUUGAAGCAUCCAUGCUUCCGUAUUGAUGUUCAGCCUCGUACGCUACAUCCAACUAUCCUCAAUGUCUUCCAUUCACAAAAAGAAACUUCAACCACAGGUUAUUUAAACAUCAUUACAUACUCGUUAAGCAUUCAUCGAUAGCAUGAUAAGGCAAUUCAGAGAAAAUUAUUAUACAACAUAAUAUUUACCAUUUUAUCAGCGCGUUUUCACGUAUUUAAUACAAACGGUAAGAAGUACUAUACUCUAGGACUGAUAAGCAUCUGUAAGACUAAGCCACUAAGGAUACCCUUUUACAAACUGAUUAUUUUCAUAAGUACACCAUACUUUAUAGAAACAACGAUUCUAUGAGGAUUCUUAAGUGCCAACUAUUUCUAUUUAGAAAUUACACAGAUUGUUACUCAUUUAAGCACGUGUCUUCUGACGCAGGUCUUCGACUCACCAAAGUCACCAGCUGUCAGAGGGCCAAACUGGGUUCAUUUACAACGAAAUAGGACUUCUGUAAGUAAAAAAGUAUUAUCAAUAAUCACCAGACAAUAAAGCAGAUUGCUUUUGUUGACCUAUCCGAUCAAGCUGAAAUUUGUCAUAGAAAUAGCACUACGGUCUACCUCCCUGAGCUUCCAUGAGAAGAACAUCGCAAACCAAGAAAGGACAGAACUAAAAUGCUUACUUGCCAUGUAAAUAGUAAAUCACAAAUGUUAAUAGAAACCGUUUCCGAUGACGAUGUGACGUUAUUUUCUGCCGUGUCACGAUUGCUACCGAAUAUUGAGCGCCUAGUAACUAUCGGCUAAGCUCAUCCUGUCUACAGAAGGAAAGACCGUAUUCUGUUUCAUCUUCGAGAAAAAUCAAAUUUUCCAAUCAGCAAUAACGAAUUGCCAAUAACCAGUGAAAUUGCAACCGCUAGAAAGGUGAAAUAAAGAUAGAUAAAAAUGUUGAA